UGGUUCGGUUCGAGGUUCCUCCUUGGGUUGUGGAUUUUUUUGGGUUCUAAGUGAUCGUUUCAUGGUAUUUUACGCGCGUAUGGUUUGAUGGGAAUGCUUCGUUUCUGUGAGUGUGUUCCGUUAUGUUUUGAAGGAGUCACAUUGUUAAACUAUAAGUGAGGAAGCGGGUUUUUUGUUUGAGAAUCAAACAGUGUGUGUGUGCUUAAUCAUCCGGAAAUAACAGAGCGGCAUAGAAAUGUGCUAAUCAAGCGAAGAAACGUCAUACACCACACCACCUCGAGAGCAGCUAUCCUUGAAAGAUCAUCGAAUCUUCAACAACACGGAACGUCUCCGUCUUCCGAUCGACAUUGACCUUAAACCAACCGACUCGUUUUCGUAUUGUUUGUUCUUGAUAUUCUGUGUACUCAUGGUAUGAGAAUGUGAGAUAGUGGAAUGUAAACAGUGUGUUACAGAAGAAAGAAAAAAACCUUAUUUACGGUGAAUGUGAGUGCGCCAAAGGACAAUUUACAGAAGAGAAGAAAGCUAUAAAGCUAUAAUAUACAACACUUGAUUGAGGUGAUGGUGACGGUUAUAAAAGUAAGAGCAGUAGCAAACGAAGCAAAUGUUUUUCAAAAUAUGGAUUGAGAAGAAAAUCCCUCGUUGUCGCUGUCACCGCCGCCUUCUUCUGCCAUCAUCUACUAAUGAAUUGUCGGAGAGUCUGAACGCCUAUCCGGAAAUCGCCGCCAAGACUGAUCCGUGUGUGAUACGAAAUCAAAUGAAGUUAUAUCUACAUGUGAAGAGAAUACUUAUUUCUAUAUAAUCUACAAUCGCUGUCAGCUAACAACUGUGUUCAAACCGAAAAUAGUGAAGGAUCAAAGUGUCUUGUUAACCUGAGGAACCGUCCACUGAUCGUUGCUUCUGUACGAAUCAGCGCGAACUGUCUAUCAGCAUUUCCACAACCCCCUAGUAGGUCACCCAGGAUCCACGCGAUCCCGACACAGGCGCCGUGUUUGUUAUUUGUGCAUUUUUUCUCUCUUUCUAAGGAUACCACUAAAAGUGAUUCAUCGAGUACUUAUAUUUCUUCCUCGGAAGAAUAGUGUUUAAAGAAGAAGCAUAUAGCGCCUAGAAAGUAUAUUUUUAUCUGUUGUUGAACUUCGAGUGAAGCAUGCAGUCGUCGUCGAGCCGCUAAACAACACAAAACAAGAAGAAGAAAAAAGAAUAGUACAGUACGAUUGUGCGAAGUAAUCAGAAAACUGCCCCCGUAGUAUUUACUAAAAUGACCUUUCCACCGCAGCAUCAACUGCGUGCCCCAGGAUGAACGCGCGCGCGCCAAUCCAGAGUGUUACACACAGUUUGCGCGAUAAGUGAUAUUCCAGUUUCAAGUUUAUCAAAAUAUUUACAAAGUGACUACACACACACACACACGCGCGCGAAUGCGAAAGAAAAGUGCUUCCUGCUGGGAUCGAAAGAAUACGCGAGAAAAGCCCCAAUCAAAGCAUUAAUCGCGCAGCAGCAGCCCGCGAGAUGUGAAUGAAUCGGCCGAAGGUGGCGCGACAGCUGAGACAGCAUUCGUUCGCAAACGGGAAAUAUUGUGCUUUGUGUGUGCCGUUCUACGUUGGUGCACCAGAAAACCGUAAACAUGACGUUAUCGCCGUUGCGACGGUUCGAACCCGAUAAAGUGCCGUCGUCGAGUACGAGUACCUGUUUGGGAUAAAUCACCGAUAGUAACAAGAAAUUGGAAAACCAGAGGAACGAGAUCGCACGCCUCCUUCCACACAAGGAGCAAACAAGCGCGUGCAACUGAAUCAAAAAUUAGCAUAUGGAAUAUAUACAAGCUAUGAGUGUAACAAAAAAAAAUAGUUAAACACACACACACAAAGACAAAAAAGGUUAACAUGAAUUAUGACACUGAGCCGUGGACCUUACAACGAGCUCGAUAAAAUGAGCCUUUUCCAAGAUUUGAAGCUGAAACGCAGAAAAGUUGACUCAAGAUGUAGCAGCGAUGGGGAGUCUAUAGCGGAUACCAGUACCUCGUCACCGGAUCUACUGCAGCCACUUUCGCCCAAGAUGUGCGAACAGCAGCAGUCGUCAGGUCCAUUGGAGCUGGAGGAGCACACCGAGUUGGACGACGGUUCGCCAGCUUCGACUGCUGCUGUUGCUGCUGCCGCGAAUCAUCACCACCACCAUCAUCAUCAUCACCACCAUCAGCACCACCAGCAGCAGCAGCAGCAUGAUCAUCAACACCACCACCACCAUUCACAUAGCAAUAAUGUUGACAGAGACACAUUAACAAAUAGCAGCAACAACAACAACAACAAUAAUAAUAAUAACAACUGUUUAUCGUCACCAAAGCUAAUGCACGAUGAUAACCCUGCGCUUAAAGAUGAUGACGGCGGUAGUGGUAGGGCAUCGCCUGAUUCGCCCGGUCUGCUAAUAGAUGAGCGGCCUCCUUCGAGACUGAAACCAACAACGGAUGCAGGCGGUGGUAUGUCGGGUAGUUUUCCCAGCUCCGCCAAUUGUAGCGGGGGCGCUAGUGUGAUACGUUCGGUGGCGGAUGAGCGUCCCCGGUCAACAAGUCCGCAAAGCAGCCAUAAUAUAACGCUAAUGAGUUCCAUGGAACUGCUGCAACAACACUACAGUAACGUGUCCAGUCGAGGGAGCGGUACCGGAGAGAUGGUUGGAAGUGGCCAACAUCAGCAAAACCAUCCACAUCAACAGUCGCAUCCCCAGCAUGUAACUGUGUUGGUCACGCCCGCCUCCCGCAUGAAACCCGAUCAACCAACGACGUUAGUCACGCUCGGGAUGCGCAAGCAGGCUCCACCGUCAAUUAACAUGGCGAACACAAGCAACAAUAACAACAACAACAACGGUGGCAUGAAUGUUAACAACAACAACAACAGUAGUAGUAAUAACUGUAACGGUAAUAAUAGCAACGCUAGUAAUAGUAAUGAAGAGCCUAAUAGACUUACAUCGACGCCGCAAAGCUCAACGUCGUCAUCACCAUCGUCAACGUUGUCAUCAUCAUCUUCAUCGACGAAAUCUUCGUCAAAUAUUUCCUCCUCUAGCCAGGGGAAUCACCAAUCUCUUCAGAUUCAGAUGUUCCACCAACCGCCAGUGGGUGGCAUUUCCAAAUUCGUAUCUAGUCAAACUUCGGCAAGCAGUCUAAGUAUCCAACAGCAGCAGCAACAUCUCGCCCAGCAGCAAAUGCUGCAUGCUAUGCAGCAGCAAAUACGGAUAAAGAAGGAGCGUAUGCCCCAGUAUACUCUCGUCGAUCAGAACGCCACAGGUCAUUCGCGACAGUCCAACAUUCAGAUGAUUCCUAACCCGCAGCAGCAGAUGUACAUAAAACGGGAACGAUCGAUGACGGGUCAGAACCACACGAUGGUGAGUGUUAACAUGCCACCAGUAUCGAUCGCUGGCUCGGGAAACCACCAAAGGCAACCGCCCUCCAGUCCUGUGCAGCUGUGUAAUAGCACAUCACCAAUGCAACCACCGAUGUCACCAAAUCAGCAACAGAAUCGCCAGCAAAGUCCAGUUCAUGUGGGCUCCUCCAGCAUGAAUCAGACCCAACAAAUCAUCAUCAAGCGCGAACGACAGCAACAAACGCAAAACCUAAUGAGCCAAGCCAUGCAGCUAUCGCCCAACAAUCGACGGUUACCAAGUCCCAUCCAAGUCAGUCCUACCACAUCCCCCAUCAACCCCGGUCUACAAAUACGUCAUCCCAUUCGGGACGCAGCCAUAUUGUUUCGUGUUAAAAACGAAACCCACGUACCAAAUUUCAUGCCCCAACAACCACCCGGCAUGCCCCAUCGGAUGACCACUGUUUGGCCAAGUGCUGCCCAGCAACGGAUCAACGGCGUUAAACCGGAAGUGAUUGGUGGACCACUGCCACCCCUACGAAACCAAAUAUCCCCCCAACAGUCUCCCCAGCACCAUCAAAGCCCUAGUCCGUUGACCUCGCAAACGCCUCCCCGGAACACUCCAACCGUUAUCAUGGGUGAAUCCUGCGGCGUACGGACCAUGGUCUGGAGCUACGAUUCUCCGUCGCAAGUACAAACUACCACAUCGCCGAACCCACCUCCCUCGUCGACAACGACGUCGAUAGCCUCCUCUCAAGGACUGUCGCUGGGUCCGUCACUCAGUGGGAACGGUGGUGUCGCAGGCAUUCCGCCAUCCCCCGGGGGAAAUCAUCACCAAAACAGCAACAGUAGUAGCAGCAGCAGCAGCACCAACAACAACGAGGAAGCUGCCCAUUUGUUGCUCAGCUUGGGGCAAACCGUACGGCAGAAUGAGGCUCAACCAUGGACAUCAAGUAGGACGGGGUUACCGCUGAACAUGGAACGACUGUGGGCGGGUGAUUACAGCCAAUUCCCUACCGGACAGCAGAUGCACGCACUCAACCUCACCUCGCAACAGCCGUGGAAUAUGGCGCCUGGUCCAAAGAAGGAAUUGCUGGACGAUACUCCUCCAGACGAAGACGAACAGCCAUUGGUGUGUAUGAUUUGCGAAGAUAAGGCAACCGGUUUGCAUUACGGCAUUAUCACCUGCGAGGGAUGCAAAGGGUUCUUCAAACGAACCGUUCAGAACCGUAGAGUUUACACCUGUGUUGCGGAUGGUACCUGCGAGAUCACCAAGGCCCAGCGAAAUCGCUGCCAGUAUUGUAGAUUUAAGAAGUGUAUCGAACAGGGCAUGGUACUUCAAGCUGUUCGAGAAGAUCGCAUGCCAGGUGGGCGGAAUAGCGGCGCUGUUUAUAAUCUGUACAAAGUAAAAUAUAAGAAACACAAGAAGAGCAACCAGAAGAGUGGUAACCACACGAAGCAUGGCCUAUCCAGUGGCGACAGUCCCAAAGCGAUGUAUCUCACCUCGUCGACGACACCACCAAUCAAGUCGGAAAGUAUUAGCCUGCCAUCGCAUCUGGUCAAUGGAACCAUCCUGAAAACCGCCUUGACCAACCCAAGCGAAAUAGUGCAUUUACGCCAUAGACUGGACAACGCCGUCAGCUCAUCCAAGGAUCGAUCGAUCUCGUACGAGCAAGCCUUGAACAUGAUACAUACCCUUAUAGACUGUGAUGCUAUGGAGGACAUAGCAACCCUGCCGCAUUUUAGUGAAUUCCUCGCUGACAAAUCGGAAAUCGGCGAUAAGCUCUGUAACAUAGGUGAUUCCAUCGUACACAAACUCGUCUCGUGGACGCGCAAAUUGCCCUUUUAUAUGGACAUCCCGGUGGAGAUCCAUACGAAGCUACUAACCGACAAAUGGCAUGAGAUUCUGGUGCUAACCACGGCCGCCUACCAAGCGAUGCAUGGGAAGCGAAACUUCAACGAUCAGCUACAUACCCCCACGGCUGGGAGUGGAACGGUUCUGACACCUGACAAGCAGGACCCAGAAUUCGUCGAAGAGAUAACAGCACACCUGCACACACUACAGUCCUGUCUGACAACGCUAAUGGGCCAUCCGAUCUCGAUCGAGCAGCUCAAGAUCGACGUUGGGCAGAUGGUUGAGAAAAUGACCCAAAUCACAAUCAUGUUUCGGAGGAGUAAACUCAAGAUGGAGGAAUAUGUCUGCCUUAAAGUCUACAUUCUGCUGAAUAAAGGUAUACAGCAGGCAGCGCUUCGAGAAUGUUUCAACACUAUACAUGGUUUUUUCUUUCUUCCUGUACUCAUAGAAAUUGAACUGGAGAGCAUACAGGAGCGGUAUAUUCAAGUACUUAGAACUUAUCUGCAGCAUACCGUCCCGCAUACUCCAAAUCGUCUGACCGAUCUCCUGGCACAUAUACCCGAGAUACAAACCGCUGCCAGCUUGCUCCUGGAAAGUAAAAUGUUCUACGUACCAUUCGUGUUGAAUUCCGCCAACAUUAGGUAGCAGAUGAUCGAGCGAGGUAUGAUUGAGCCCCUCGAGCAUGAACAGCAGCAGCAGCAACAGCAAAAAGAGCAACCACAGGAACCGAACCAAAUGUCCGAAAGUAGCAAGCAUUCAUCUGUACACACACCGUUAUCUUCAGCAUCACUCCGUCAGCAAGUGAUCGAUCAAGUGCAACAGCAACAGACGUCAGGGCAUCCGAGUUGUCAUAUAUCGUCGCCCCAAACGACGCUGCAGCGACAACCUCAGAAACAACAACCAUCAACUGCGCCGUCUUCAACUGUUGUCUCUGCGGAGCAACAGCAACAGCAACAACAACAGUCGCUGCUAACCUUUCAACCGAUGCAAUCUCAGCAACCACAGCAAACAGAGCAGUCGCAACCGUCAUCACAGCACUCACAGCAAGCGCUAAUCAACGCAAACGCCAACCGUAGCGGAUCUGUGACCAUUUUCGUCAUCAAAACCGUGUUACCUGAUGUGUAAUUUCAAUUCCUGCAGCGAGCGAGCACCGAAGGUUGGUAAGCUGCUUCCCAUUUGUUUUUAUAACAUUCAAAAUUCAUUACUAGAAACAGGAUUUCUUAACGUAGUUCAAUUGGCAAGUAGAAUCGGGCACCACCCCAAAAGGGUGGGGUGGUGCGCCCCCCGGAAUUUUGAAUUACGGUCGAGUUGAAUCUCGGUUUUAUUUUGUUUUUGUUUAGUUAACUUUUUUUAUCUUGAACUACUGUUCUUAAUUCGAUUUUUUACAAUUCUCGUUGACCGUUGAAGGUGUGAACUAAAGAGAAAACAAUUUUUAACGUGGAUAGAGUAGAUGUAUUUGCAUUAUAUACACACACACAAGAGGAGUAGUAGAAGAAAAAAUAAUAUUCGCAUAUACACUCAUAUACACAAUCUUUGUUACAAGCAUGCAAACAAAAAAUCCGAUCGAAUGGAAAAAAAUGUAAUAAAAGAAAAACAUCUUAACCUGAAUGUAUUGUGGAUUGCUGGGAGAAUAUUUGAAUAUUGACGAACGCGCUCCAGAAACUGUGCGGCCUGAAUGCUUGCGCAAUGAUUGUUGGGUAAAAUGAAGAAGAGAAAAGAAAAAAAAAUACGAACACACACACAACACAACAGCAUGGAUUCACAUUCGAGGAAAAUAUUUUUCCGGUACUAGGAAGUCUGAAAUUGAAUGCCUUCUAUAUUAUAAAUAGAAAAAAAAACAAACAAGCGAACGUAGGUGUAACAGAUAACAAAAAAUCAUAAUAAGAAAAAAUUAAACGCGGUAUAAAGGUAAACAAAUUUCCCGUUUCAAAAAAAAAACAAAAAAAUCAUAGGUAAAGGAAAAAUUGGUACCGAAACAAAAAAAAGUCGUGCGCGUAAUCGUAAAUGAACACAUAUAUUUUUAUAUAUUUAAUUGAUCGAUUCAUUGUUGUUCUUCUUAAUAUUUUUAUUAGCUAAUUUUACAAAUGAAAAUGAACAAGAAGAAGCAGAAGUAGAUACGAAGUAGACGGACGCAGCAAAAAAAUCCGUAUAUUUGUAUUUAUGAAUCAAACUAUUUGAAGACAUUUAAAAAAAAACAAAGUGAACAGCAAAAAAAACAUAAAAUAAUCGAGCCACAUUACACUGAAGGAAAUACUUCACGGGAAAUAUGUGUAUAAUGUUGGUUCAGACACCACUCGCCAGCAGUGCAACUGAAUCAUCUUUUCACUGUAAAAAAAAACGUUUCACCCGUUUUGCUUUUAUCUUAUGUUUUAUACCGCAAAACUUUUAGUUUUUACUUGAAACUGGAUGCUUUUAGACUUUUUUUUUGUUGUUCUUAUCGAUUGUAACAAGUGUUCGUUCAUUGCGUGGAAACGCUUUCACUAUUAAAUGGAAUAACUCUAGGUGAUAGCUAGUUUUGAGUAGUUUGUAACGAGGCAUAGGUAAAUACCGAUUUAGUUAGAGCAAACGAGAAUGGUGGUUUUCUUCAGUUUCCGCGGCGACAUACAGUUUGCUAAUGUAUGCGGAUAGAAAGGGAACUUUUUAUUUGACAGACAUCACAAAACAGACGAGAAAGAGUAAUGUUUUUUUAUUCAACUAAAAUGCACUAGUUUAGAUUGUGACGGAGAAUAUGACCAAAACUGAUACAUUAUUCCUGCUGUUUUGUUUUUUAAACUCACUUCUAAUGUACUUUGUAAGAUACAGGAAAAAUCCUUUAUUUUUAGACGAAUUAUUUAUCCCCGUUUGUUUUGUUUUUAAUCGCAGAUGAGGAAACAACUAAUCCGAAGCUGUACGAAAAACUAGGAGGUGGGUUAUAUCUGUGAUAUAACCGCAAGGUGGACGUAGGACUACCGUUGGCUUAGUAAUCAUUUGUUUGAAGAUACAUCUGAAUCAAUUCUCAAUUGAUGAACUAAUGGAUAUUUUGAAAAAUUCCUGAACGUUCUUCUUGUAAAAGUGUGGAUGAGUAAUAGUAUUUUUUGGGUUUCGAAAACUAGAGCGUUACGUUGGAACCACAAAGAGCCUCAACACUUCUUUGUCGAAUGACGAAUUGACAUGAUAAUCACUUCAUUCGAAAGAUCCAAUGUCUACAGGUUGUAUGAUUCCAAAGCAAACUAUGGAUAGAGUCGAAUGAACUGAAAAAGUUUAAAGUAUUUAUAAUUCAAGACAACAACAACAAUAACAAAUUAUUGGAAUCACAAAAAUAUAUAAGUAUGGGAGCCUGCAUGAAAUUACAUUUUAGUCAUUACUAAUAUGCGGGUGAUGCAAGCCGAAACCACAUCGGUUAUCUGCCUGCCUAUUUAGUACAUAAAAUUCAUCCCACUUGUUUGCGUGGUUCUAUGGGGCUGUCCACAUACCACGUGGACAACUUUAGGGGAGGUAGGGGUUAUGAAAAUGUCCACGCUUGUCCACGUAGAGGGGGGAGGGGGUAUAGACUUUGUUCACGUGGACACGAAUAAUAAAUACUUUUACAAAUAUAAUCACCGACACAUUCCAAAUUAAAUAAAAACUGUUCCAUAUUCAAGACUUUUAAAACCUUCCGUCAAACCUGAGUAUUCCGUAUUGAUCAAUAAACGGAUUGAAGGAAGGAAGGUAUUGUAUUAUAGAGACUUUAAACUUUUGCAGUUCAUUCGUCUCUAGCCUUGAGAAAGGCCCUUUGAAAACUCUACUCUAUUCUACUCCAGCGCUACCACCUCCGCCCUCUUGCCUUGAGAAAGGCACUCGAUCCCUCGCCGUCCAGCCCGUCCAGCAACGAUGUUGUCCAGUCGGUGUCCACACAAAGAAUGACGGAGAAUGACGGAUUGAGCUGUCUGAGAGUGCUUCAUAUAGUUUUACUAAUAUAAUUCUUCAUUGAAUACAUAUCCUGAAAAUAUCUCACGUAAACUGUGAACGACCGAGCUAUUUCCUAUGAUCCUAUGGCUUCUAUAGAUAGGGGUAAUGUUUAAACGUUCAUAGCCCAAAACUAUAAAAAUUCAACGAUUCCAUUAUGGUUGAGUUUACAUGCUUUUACGGAUAUGGCUUUUUCCAUCAAAUAUGAUUUUAUAUAGAUUUUGUUCUAUCUCGCGAACAGUUGGUCUUAGGAUAAUAAUGUCUGUAUAUAUAAUAUUGUAUUUCUUUUUUCGAAAAGUUGCAAUUUUCGAGGUAUUGGAAUUUAGUCGAUUUCUAGGAAUUAAUAUUUACAUUUGCGUAAAAUGAUCCAUGCACCACUAGUCGUCAAACUUUAAUCAAUUGACCCAGUAUUUUAAUAUUUAUUUUUCUGAAAAUUUCGCACAGAAUGCAGUUGUAAAACAUUUAAUUUGAUGGAUUUAAGUACCUAUUAGAGGUGGAAAAAACAUAAAAAAUUUCGUUUUUUCAUUAUUUUCUGCCAUGAUAAGCUUGUUUGUUUCUAUCAACGAAAUGAAGCUCUCUCCCGCAAAUAUGUCUCAUCUUUCAAAUGAAUGCAAUUAAAUCCUUCUAAGCACACUUUAAUUUGGGUCAAUUUAAGGCAAUAAAAUAGGUCGCAAGAAAUGUUCAAUAAUUCUUUCAUAGUUGAGAUUUGAGCUUGAUUUCAUUGUUGGGAAUGAAUGAAUUGUAAGUUGUCUGAUGUUACUUUUCCCCGCUAGCACUUUGAAAGUCAUCUAGACACUCAAAGCAGAAUGUUAGAAAUCCCUUAGAAAAUUCUCCGUACUAUGGCGGAAAAGGUUUCGUAUUGCGCUACCGUCUAAAGGUGAAUCCGAAAUACAGAGUGAAUAUGAAUCGUCAUUUGCAGUGAUCGAUCAUAUACCGGAGGGGACAAAGAACUGCACUCAACAAAAAAAUAGAGGAACGGAAAUAGAGGCGAAAGAACUGCAAAGUUUAAAGCCUCUUAAAAACAAAGAUAGAAGAAGGAACAGAAUGCGACAUAGUAAAUUUUGGGUGAUUUUUGGAACGCUGUAAUUAUAUAAUGAAACAAUGCAUUUGUCAAAGCAAUGACUGGAUAUUGUAUAGAACAUAUUCAUACUUUCACAACUGCCAAUCGAUGUGCUCUGUGAUCGUUAUAUCAUAAAAUAUUCAUAAUCCAAGGGGAAAUGAUAAUUUUUCAUUCGAUCAAGAAUAUCUCUGUAGUAAAAUGUUCGAAUUAAUCAGAUUAUUUGCAUUAUUACUGGCGAAGAUGUUCAUGAAUUUCCGGAUUUCCACUCUUCUGAAAUAAAGCUGUGAACGUAAAUUAAUUUUCUUGUAUCAAAUAUGUAGAGCCUGAUCACGAACGUCACUUCACGGUGAAAACGAAAUGAACUGUAUGCAAUUUGUAUUUUAUGUGAUAUCAACACAUUUUUUGCAGAUGUUUAAAAACACGGAUACUGAAAUUGUAUUUAAAGAUGAUUUUAAAUUCAUUUUUUUUUUCGAUUGGCGUUUGCAAUCAUGAUUAGUAAACUCAAGAUUAAUCUUUGAAAUUGUAAAGUUUAUAUUCAGAUGCGGAUUGUUCCUCACCUGCUCAACUGUACAUUGCGUGAAUCCGUGUUGGCAAACCAGAUAACCUUUAUAUCAAAUGAUGACAAAAAAUAUUGUAUACUCACAAGUAUUUCAAAAUUAAACUCAUAUGAAACAUGUGCUUUGUACUUUGUACUUGCUAGUCAUUUCUCUACCAUACAAAAACAAUGGGCCACAGCAAAGCAGGUACAGCAGGGUACAGCUAGUAAAAUUUGAAAUAAAAUAAACUUAAAUGGAGUUAAAAUGCAAUUUAGGCGCAAUUCAGUUAUUUCCCCAAUUGUUUUAACAAAAAAAAGGAAAAAUGUCCACGUGGACAAAAGGGGGUAGGAGUAUGAAAAUGUCCACGCUUGUCCACGGUGGGGGAGGGGGGAGUCUAAAAUAAUGCUUUUUCUGUCCACGUGGUAUGUGGACAGCCCCUAUGUCUAUUCCAUUCUCCACUGUGCCACCCGCGUUCCACAUAUGCAUGUUUAUUCGAUUGUGUCUAUCCUUUCUCCGCCCUUCGCGCUCAUUCCACGCGCGGUAAGAGGUGAGACCUAAACAUACAUUUUUAUCACCUCUCGGAUGGCCCAGACGGCGCUCUCACCUUGGGUCUUAUCAAAAUAUGGUUCCCACGAAAAAGGUUCAAGUGGGUUAAUGUCAUCAUUAACCAUUCCGCGAUCAAAGUCGGGAAGCCUAUGUGCUUCAUUUUUUCAAUUGCAUAGGCGUGCGGUACAGUGUCGAAGGCUUUCGAAAAGUCGAUAUACACAGAAUCUACUUGAUUACGCGGUUCGAUCUCACGGAACAGUAUGCUGGAGUAGCACAUUAGGUUGGUCACCGUUGAGCGAUGCGGUAAUAAUCCGUGUUGAUAGUCAGAGAUAAUAGGCUUUACAGCAUUAAGCAUGACGUUGUGCAUUAGAGACUCGAAAACCUUUCCCAAACAACUGAGAAUCGAAAUUCCUCUAUAGUUGACCACAUUGUAUAAACUGCCGGAUUUGUGGACGGGAAUCAUAGAAGCGGUUUUCCAUAAACUUGGAAAGCAUCUCUGUUCUAUUGAACUAUUAAAUAUCAUCGUCAAAGGAACCACCAAAGAUGCAGCGCAGUUUUUCACUAACAAAGGCGGCAAAGCAUCCACUCCAGCACCUUUUGAAGCAUCCAAUUUAAUCAGUGCACCAAGUACUUCAUCGUUGGAAAAGUCGAACAUCAGAAAGUGGAUAUUAUGAGAAGGCAGGUUGUGGAAACAUCCCGGGCGAGGUAUAAGUGGAGUUGCACGGUACACACUUUAGAAAAAGUUGGAGAAGAAAUUGGCAGCUUCGUCGACUAACGUUGCCGAAGUUACGACGACGUCGCGGAACAUUUGAGCGAAUAAUUUCGGUCAGUUUGUCGCGGAAUAGGAGAACAUUUGCGUCAACAGACUGUCUGUUCAGAAAUUGAAAAAGAAAUUUUUGCAGGAUAGUUGUCCGACAUUCUUGCUACAUGUCCUGCCCGGCGUAUCCUUCCAGCUUUGAUCAUUUUCUGGACACUGGGUUCAACGGUGAGUUGCGUGAGCUCGUGAUUCAUCCUUCGCCUCCAUACGCUGUCCUCCUGAACACCGCCGAAGGUGAUUCUUAACCUCCGUCGUCCGAAGACUCCUCGCAGGUCCUCUUCGAAUAUUGUUCACGUUUGCACUAAGAAUAUUUCGCACGUCUAAGUCUGUUUGAUCUCAAACGUUUAUGAAGGCCAUAGUAGGUACGACUCCCGUUGAUAAUGCGUCUCCUGAUCUCGCGACUGAUACCAUUGUCAGACGUUACCAUUCUGCCAAGGUAGACAAAUUGGUCCACUACCUCGAACUCAUCGUCGUCGAUCACUACGCUUCUACCUAGUCGGGCUCGGAAGCCAGCAUGUAUUGGGUUUCAGACGCAUUGAUGAGAAUCAAUGUUCAACUCACUCUGCUUCGUGUUUAAGUUGGGUGUAAUGUUCAGCUACAGUCUCAAAUGUUCUGUCGGCAAUUUCUACGUUAUCAGCGAUGCAGAUAAAUUGACUGGAUCUAUUGAACAUCGUACCACACAAGUUAAACGCUGCUCAUCUGAUAACAUUCUCUAGCGCAAUGUUGAAUAGCAGGCAAGAGAGACCAUCACCUUGGUGAAACCCCCUGCGGGACUCGAAUGAAUCAGAUAAUUCGGUUGAUAUUCGCACACAACAAACUUGCCCUGCUUUCGAACAAAAAAAUCGAUGUCGCCAGAACACAUAGUAUUUUGCAUCAGCUUCUGGAUCAUGUGAGGCUUAAUCAUUGCCAACCAAUGCAUCAAACUCCUCCCAUAGAGAUGACCGCUCUUCAUUACCAACGAUUUGUGGUGGUUUCGCAGGUGUGUAAUCUAAGGACGUCAUUCUUAGCGUCCUUAUCAACGACUGUUGUGCAUUGUUGUACUUUCUGUUAUCCCCAAAACUAUGCUGCUUGAAGCGAGGAUUCAGCAGUAAACUUCUUUUUAGUGUUACUAAUUCCUCUGACUCAAGUUCUGAAAAAUGCUUUACCAGCUCCUAAAUCAAUUCAUUACAGAGCUUAUAGUCACUAGAACUAAUUUCUCUUGCUCCAUAUAAUGUUGAAGAUGUCGAAUCAUCAGUCGGGAGAGCACAGCAGUGGCUGUUAGAUUUUUCGAACAGCUGGUCGUUAACUGGUUAAUAAAGACAUUGUAACAAAUGAGCUCUUGUAGUAAACAUAUUAUUAAAACAAUAAGUUGAAAAAACUUAAGUUAAACGGUUCCGUUGUGAUUAUAAACAUAAUAAUAAUACAGAUAAUGUAUUUCUUGGCAUUUGAAUUAAUUUCCAAAAGAAUGGACUAAAUGCAAAUAAUGUGUAAUAACUGCUAACUGUCACCUGUCCAAUUAUUGCUUAGCUUUUAGUAUACUAUCUGUGUUAUUAUUAUGUUCAAUCGCAAUGAAAUCGUUUAACUUAAGUUUGUUUUUAUUUAUUUCAUUCUAUUAGUCAAGUCCUUUCAUUAGAUACCCAUAUUGAUGGGGUUUCGAAAAAAUAUUGUUGGUGUUAAGUCAGACCGGACUAAGAAACAAAAUAAGAAAAAAUGAGUUAAUAGUAGAAAACAAUCAAGAAUUUGUCAACCUACAUUCUACUUCUAUCGGAUAACACUUAUGUUGCAUACAGCCAGGUUUAUGGCAUAAAUUUAAUUUGACUGAUCAGCGAAAACUAAUAAUAGUAUGCAAUCAGAGUAGACUAAGUGCAUACAACCACGACCAUAGUGGACCAAGUACUCAUAACCAGUCGUAAAACCCUCUUGAUUGACAUUAAAAAGGUAUAUUUUGUAAUAUUAUAAUUACACGACCUUGUUAAAAGUAAUUAAGAGCUGUAGAAAACCAAUUGGGAAAAACAAUUGGAAACUACUGAAUCGACACAGCUUCAAACUUUGAGUUCGAUUCACUCGAAAUCAUAAUUAUGUCACUUAGUCCGGUCUGACUAAACACCGACCAUAUGUAGUCCACCAAAACUUACAAACAUAAAAACAAGUCAAGCUAAAUAAAAUCGUUCAAAAAGCAACUUGUCUAUAACAUAGAAAUAAAUAUUUUGAUGAAAAAUUUAGAAUGGGAAACAUAUACUUACCUGUACUACCGCAGGCCACGGUUCGUCAGAACGAGCAAACGGUGCGAUGAGUUGCUGCCUGCAUUGUUUAUUUUUCCAUUCUUUUUGGGUUCCUUUAUGAUAGAGCAUGUGAUUAGAACACACUCUAUGUAUAUACAAUGAAUCACGCUUUAAAACGUGAUCCUUACCGCGACACAGACAAUUAACCAACUUUUCCGUGCCCAUCUUGAUAAGUUCCGCUCCGAUGCCAUUUUUGGCAGACGAUUUGUUGUUCUUAAGCUGUUUGAUGGCAUUCCUAACUUCACCUAUCGUUGGGGGGUGGUACAUAUUCAUUAUUCACUGCACCAACGUAAUCGGUUCCAUCGUUAUCAGGUGUUCAUCGAAGUGCUGCCUCCACCUUUCGGUCACUUCACGUUUGUUCGUCAGGAUACUCCCAUCCUUAUUCCGACACAUUUCUGCUCGUAGCACGAAGCCUUUUCGGGAUGUAUUGAGUUUCCGGUAGAACUUUCGCGUCUCAUGAGAGCGAUGCAGCUGUUCGAGUUCAUCACACUCCUCCUCUUCCUAGCGCCGCUUUUUUCCUCCGCUUCUGUCUGUAUCGUUCCACGUUCUGAAGGGUAUCCUGACGCAGCAUUAGCUCCCGCGCAGCGUUUAUCUCAUGUAACACCUGCUGACAUUCAUCAUCGAAUCUCGUACGUGUCGCUGUGUCCAUCUGCUGAAAGAACAACUUACCGAAGCCGGGGGCUACGAGGUCUAUGAUGGUGAAUUGAUAGAAGGAUUUCGACAGCUCACCGGGAUUCCCCACUCCGACAUCAAGACGGAGCUACGAGACGAGACGAGUGUGUCCUGAGUACUUUCCUUAACGCGGGGAACAAGGUACGCGCGAUCAACACAUUCGCGGUUUCCUUGCUGAUCUUCAGUUUUGGAGUAAUCAAGUGGAGUAAAACUAAGCUCUGCACUUGAGUACCGACUCAUCUGUAAUCUGCAGACAGUGGAGGAGAAGAUUGCAGCUCAGAAGCAGAAGAACCCGUGGUGAACUCUCUUCAGUAGUAGAAGCCUACAUGAUAGCCAUCCAGGAGAGAAUACUGCUGACAAGAAACUGCAGGCGGUACGUCUGGCAUCAAGACGUUGAUGACAGAGCAUAUUAUGGGAGGCUGUCCCGUUUUGGUCAACGCAGCCUACACCGAGUGCCAAAACAACGUGGCCCGUAUUGUCUAUCGACAACCGGAGCUCCAAUGUGGUCUAUUGGAAGACAACGUACCCAACUGCCGAAACCUGCAUGCACCUGUCCUGGAAAAUGACCGUUUCAAGCCGUACUGGGAUCACACUGUUCUGACUGCCCUCUCGAUCGACCACAACAGUCCAGAUAUUAUGGUACAGAUAUUAUUGGUUUUUGUCGAUAUUUGGUCUGGCUCCUCUCUGGAGCCACCAAUAUUAUCCAGGGAACUUAUUUCCCUGGUUUUUGUUACUUCUCGAAAUCUUGCCUUAAGGGCUCUCUUAUGGGCUAAACUCCUAGACUUCAGCAAACCCCGACUAGGGCAUCACCUAACCCUUCAGAAUCCGACGGCUCCAGAAUGGUCCGCCCGAGUGAGGUAAGUGAUCUGCUUUUCGGUUUAGGAUUUGCUCUGUUAUUCUUACCAAUGUUUUCGAACUCCUUCUCUGUUAGGAGUUCUGGCGUUGCAGAUAUUGGACUCGGCUGGUUGGGUUCGACUGGCUGGACUCGGUUGAUUUUCUUGCUAUCAUGAACCUUUUGGUUUGUCUAACUACUUUGAACUGAGGAUUUGAACUAUCUUAUUGAGUAAGAAUUCGGACUAUAUAUACACGAAUUCUUACUCAAGCUUAAAAUUAAUAGAAAGAGAAAAGAUCUCCCUUUCCUACUCAGAUAACCGAAAUCGCAACAGUUAUCUGCCUGCCUAUUUGCUACUUAAAAUUCAACCCACUUGUUUCCGUCCUUCGUUAUUACGUUAUUAAAGGGGCUCAAUUUGGUGAAAAUUUGACGACCUAACUAUUUGCUGAUUACCAGCAAAGGAAUCCCUAUCUAUAUUUUCCUGUUCUACUCCUCCACUACGCCACCCGCGUGGGAUCCUAAAUAAACAUUUUUGUUUCUUUGCCCUAUUCCUUCUCUGCCCUUGGCGCUCAUUCCAUGCGCGACAAAGGGCGAAACCUGAACAAAACAAUUUUCAUCACCUCUCGGGUGGCCCAUACAGCGCUCUCGUCUUGGGUCUUGUCAAAACUUGCUUCCCACGAAAAAGGUUUAAGUGGGAAAUAUCUAGCUAAUUGCCGGCAAUAAAUAUUUACUUCUAUUCCUUCGUCUAAUGCGCUAUCUUUGGCACGCUUUCCAGCUGCCAGCAGGACAUUAUUUUGUUUUUCAAAUGCACGUUGCGCUACAAAUUUGAUAUUUUAUUAUUUUAAUGUAUUUUUAGCCCUGCUAUCUGAGCUGGGUCGUAACAAUUUCCCUCAUUGUCAAGAGAUCCCAAGAAUUGUUGCAGUCAUUCUCUCUGGAACAAUCCCGAAGGCACUUAUGGAAGCGCUAAAGGUAUUGAACAUAGAGUAUGAAUUGACCGGCAUCCAAAAGUCGGUCAUCCUUAGUACCUGCGCGAUUGUCCGACAAUUUCUCGGCCAGGACUAAAAAGCACGUGCAUGCUGAUACGUGCAUUCCGCAGAAGCUAGUUCCCCUUUGGCAUUCAGAAGCCCGGGGCAGGUGAAUAUUCUGGCUACAUUCAUAGGCCUUCAUAGGUUGAUUGGCCAUCACGCAAUCACACGCUUCUGUAUAUUGCCCAUGACAGUGAAGGAUGUACCUAGCUCAUUUGUGUUGCUGCAGCUCUGAUGGAAGGUAUGACCAUCGCGAAAAGUACGUACUGUAGAACCUCUCCAACACACUUCCUGCAGCACUACGAUGCCUAACUUGCGGUUCUUCAAUAGAUCGAAAAGCACACGAGUACUUCCGAUGAAACUGAGAGAUCGCCAAUUCCAGGUCCCGAGUCUCUAAUCGUUAGUCCGUUGUCGUCGCCUGGAUCUUUGUCGAUUAGUCCGGUUCAAAUCUGCUUGUGUACCGUUCGUUGCAUGGUGUAUUUUUGGUGCGGCUUACAAAGUCUGCAAUUCACCCCACUAUUUUGCAGGAGGACCGUCGUGAUACUGAUGUUUUACGUCCCGAGUACGACCAGGACUGGGCAAAGACGCUUAUAGUGGCAUCAACUCGCUUAGAGGAGCUGUUUCCGGGUUUUUGCGACUUUUCUUAAAGACAGACAAUGCCCACUUGCUCAUCCCACCACACCCUAGAUCAGUGGUGGCGAAACUGCGGCCCGCAGCUUGAUUUGAUAAAUGAUGGAAAUUAGUUUUAAUCUGAAAAACCCUGUAGUUAAAAAUUUCUUCAGAAAACUGAGUAAAAACAACUGAGUAAUGAGUAAUGAGUGAGUAAUUUUUGUUAACCCUGUGUAUUCAAGCUGAUAAUUGUCUGUUUUUUCCCCAUUUUUUCUAUGCAAAGUCAUCCAUCUGACAGCUUUUGGUAACUCUUGCAAGCAAACAUGUGUUUCACCUGUGUUUAGUUUGGAGCAUAAAAGAAAAUCCUUUAUUUCGGUUUUCGGUUUCGGAAUUUGAAGUGGAGGAAGAAUUUGAUUUGACUUUUCUUAGGAAAGGAACGAUAAAAAGCAUCGAUAUCUUUAACGUACCGCGUAAAGUUCAACAGAAAUGCUAUCCUUUGUUGAAGAAAUUUUUCGGUGCAGUUUGUGAUGGAGCUCCUGAUUCGUGUUGCAAGUUUUAUUUUGGUUUCGCUUUCACAUUAAUAUUGACUGUUUAUCUUAGUAAUAAACGAGUGCUAUUGCCCAUUUUCGAAAACAUCCCGAAAUUUUGGAGUAAUACAUUGCAUCAUACAUCAGGAGAAGUUCUGUACCAAAAUGUAGGGAUCAAGGUUGUCGUAAAGAUUUUUUCUUUUUUUUCUUUCUUUAUGAAAGAGAUUUUCAGCCAAAGGCUAGUUCAUCUCUAAAAUGUCGUAAAGAUUGUAAACUACAUCAAAUCACACGCAUAGAAUCAUCGUUAGUCCAAAGCUUUUCUUGAAGAUUUUAACGCAGAGUAUGGCAACAUUCCAUCUUUCACUUAAACCGGCCGCGAAUUUAAAGAACGAGGAAUGCAUAGCAGAUCUAGCUUUCCUAACGAGCUGCGCAAGCCAUCUGAACAAGUUGAACUUGGGCCUGAAGGUGAAUCGGUUCACAAGUCAACCAAAUAAAAAAAAAUAAAGUAAACUCAUGUUGUUCAAAAAACAAAUAGAAAAAUUUAAUUUUGCCCAUUCCCUGACACUGAGAAUUUCCAAAGUAUCGUCAACUAGAAAAUAUGUUGACGCACUUCAGGCGAUGGAGGCUGAUUUCUCUUGCGUAUUUGGGAACAAAACAAAAUUCUUCAAACUUUUUCUAUUUCAUUCAGUUUCCUUGAUGAACAUGUCUUCUUAAAAAUGCAGAUGGAACUCAUUGAAAUGCAGUGUGAUUCAGAACUGCGUGACAAAUUUGAAAUUUGAACCAUGAUCUUUUGGAUUUCUUCUCUAAAUCUGUUCCAGAAGCACGAUUUCCAGGACUAUGAAAACAUGUUCUUCUUAUUGCUUCUCUAUUUGGAUUUGGAUUCUAUUUAUUUGAGAGAAAUUGUUUUUCGUUACGAAACAAGUUGAAUCGAAAUCAAUGACAACAAACUGGCUCAGAAAACUUGUUCAGGUAAAAUGGAAAUGCGUUGAAGCAUGCUUAUCUUUCAGCAUUUUCUAUAUUGGAAUGAAGUAAUAAAUAUUGUAAUAAGAUUUUUAGUGACUGACAGAACACCCAAUUUAAAUGAGAUUCCUUCUCAUUUAAUGGAACAGGAUACUUACUUAUUUGAUGAGAGCCAAUGAACAAUUUAUUCACUGAUCUGGGAGUAUAUUCUUCAGCUUUCCUGUUAUUUGCUCUUGAUCGAUGAAAUUACAAAAAAAAUGUAUUUGAAAAACUUUUUCACUUUAAAGCAAUUUUGAGUUCUGAAAAGAACUCAACUCUAUUCGUUGAAAACGGCUUUUUUCGAAGCCACUGCUGAUUUCUAUGGCUUUUUCGUUUUCGGCUUCUGUGCACCGAUUUUUUGAGAAUUUAGUUUUUAGUAGCAGCAGCUUUCUUCUUGCUGGUCGCCUUCUCCACAGCAACAUGUUUGGGUUUUUUUUGCAACGGUAACUGUUUUCUUCUCCCCAAUAUCAGCGGAAGAUAAUUUGCCAGCAGCGAUUACAUUUUUUGGCUUCUUCUCGGCGGCUUGUCCUGCCCUUAUCCCCGGAAACAGUAGCCUUUUUCGAUUCCGGUGCUUUCUUGGUCGCCUUCUUGGCGGUACCAUUCUUCUUUCCGAUGGACUCCUUUUUGGCCUUAGGGGGAAGCUUGAACACGAUGCACAAAAAGUAACAAGCACAUAACGCGUAGACAUUUUAUCUUUCGAAUGAAACCGUUCAGCUGGCAAAGAGGUAUUGACGCUCAUAAUAUUGUUUCUCCAAUGUAACGCUCUCGUUUUCAAGGCUUUUAACUUACACCCCAGUAUACAAAUGAAAGAGGUAGUCCUACGUCAAAAAAGUAUCUAGUUUCGAAACGUUUAGACUCAUUUAAAAAAAACACAAAAGUAACUUAAAAUUUAUGAUAAGUAUUUAUGAACGGAUAUGUUCGUUUUUUCCGAAAUGGAUUUUCCCCCUCAACGCUAGAAGCUACGUUUUCCUAGCUUGUACGUGCGUUAACAAAACGUUAUGAAACCAAAAAUUUAGAAAAUGUAAUGUUAUAUUUGUACAGGAAGAGUUGAUUAACAAAAUUCCCAUCACUCCAAGAAAAAAAAACAAAACUAAUUUUUGAUAAAAAAAAACUCACCCAGCAUCUACUCUCUAUCUCUAUGUCUCCAUCUCUGAACACACACAAACACAAAGCUUACACUCAUACAGAAAAGAAGAGGAAAAACACGCAUCUGAAUGGUGACGUGCCGUCGUCGCACAUCAUCGAAUACUACACUUUCACACAUCCCCAUCAAAUCAUCAUUUACAAGACAGGUAAAAUAAGAAAUCUGUGUCUGAGACCCAAGCAAACCGCUGAUACACGUCACACGUAAUGUCGAUAAGCAAACAAAAUGAAGCGAACAAGUCGGAUGAGCUAUGUAUGUAAAUGUAUCUGAACGUAAAUUUUUCGUAAAUGAACACAAAAUCAAAGUAAAUCCCCUUAUUAUGGAACCGUUGUUACCAGUGAAACCAUAUUACUUAUUAAUUAAUUGUGUAAAGGAUGGAGGAAGAAACCAGAAAAUAAAAUAGACUACAAACACUACUAUUGCAUUCAGCGCAAGAGCGUUCACCACACACACAAACACAAAUAAAUACAAUGGCACUUUCAAAACGAAACGGUGAACUAGGUAAUAAUAAAAGACUAAUAGACACAGAACAAACAAACACACACACACUCACAAACAUGCGCUGCGAAAAAAAAACAAUAAGUUACCCCGGAGACAUGCUAAUACAGAAGCGAACAUAUUAAUAGUGAAAAAAACAGUAGUAAAAUGAUACACAGAACACUGCCACUUGCUAGUAAUGAAACGAAGAAAUAGUUGGUAAACAAACACAUACUAGAAACAGAAACACACGCGUAUGCAAUAGUUCAUAGAGAAGCGAUGAAACCUAAGCUACAAACGAAACAAGCUGUUGUUAAAUGUUCAUCGGAAACAAAUUCAAAACCAGACAACAAACAAACAAACAAACAAAAAAUAUAUACGCGAAAGAGAAAGUCAAAACCACAGCUGAAUGCUAUUCCCAAAUGAUUGAUAAUCGUUUCAAAGAUUUUUUUUCUUGUUAUAAUUUUUAGAGAAUGUUUUGUGAUAAAAUACCGGAGAUAACUGUUGCUGCCAGAAUUUCAUAUUUCUUUAACUUUAUUUCCCAUUCGCGCGCCAUUUUAACUUUCAUGUCACUUUCAUGGCACAUUAUUAGAAUACUCAUGCGAUGACACACGCCCAAAAUUCCAUACUUAGCCAUUAAAUUUAAGCUCCAAAUUUUUUGUAAGAUUAUCUACAUUUUAAAUACAGUGAUAAGUACGCGUAGGUUUAAUAUACUCUAAACUAAUGGAGAGGUGGUUCAAUGUUACCAGCAAAAUACGAAGUAACCGUUGGAAAGUUAUUUCUUUCAUCAACAGUCAUCAAUUAGUCAGUUGUAGAAGGAUUUCAUUACCUUUCGGACAUAUUAAGCGUGUCAUCGUUAUGUAGUUACGAACUCGGACCUGCCCCCAUCACAUUUUCAUUUCAUCUCCACAAUUCCCCACUCUAUAGACUUGAACAAGAACUGACGGAAAACUACCUUAAAAAGAGGUAGCGCAUAAGUAAAACAAUAAAAACCAGAUAUAUUAUGCUUCCUUGGUUCGGCACUCUGAUACUAGCGCCCAGCGCCUUCCUCCUGCACUGUAUUACGCUCCCAUAUAUGUACAAUCGCACACACUUAUAACGGUAAAAUGUUAACGAACAACAUACCAAACCAAAUAAACGGAGACUGUCACCCCCACACACACACACAUACCUUUUUCCCUUACUGUUAACUUGCUCUUUUGUGCUUUCCAUUCUCCAAACAAACAUCUGCAUCUUAAGUUCCGAACAAAACAAAUUACACACACACACACACACACAAACAUCCAUACACUUCAUUGGAACGAUUGUUGCCAUCAUUUUUUGUUUUAUGUUAUUAUGUGUUAUGUCAUUAUAAUCGUGUUAGCAGUUUUUUUUAGCAUUCACACACCCACACUCAAACACCCAUUAUGUUUUUUUAAUUACAACCUAUGGCUCAUAUGUAUGUAUCCUUUCAUUACAAGCGAAAUCGUGUUAUUAGAGGUAAACGAAAAAUAAAAGCAAAUGAAAUGUAAAUUUACAACAAAAACAAACAACCACUAUAACAAAACACUGCCGUUUCUCAAAACGAUGCUAACCACGUCUCACACAGUGGUUACCACCAAUAGGAAGUAUAGGACGAUGAUGAGGAGAUAAGAGGAAGAAAUAAUUAUAUUGUAAUUAUAUGAAGAAAAAAACCUAAUGAUAAUGAAGUAAGUAAUUGAAAAAGUAUGAACUUUAAUUACCUAAUUAAUUAUUAAGGGUAUACAUACAACAGCAAGUAAGGAAAGCCCGUUAGAAAUUGUGUAAAAGAAAAAUUGAAUGAAAUACAAAACAAAAUAAGAAAUGUAGGAAAACUGUUUUUGAAAAAAAUAGGAAAUGUAAAGAGAAAUGAUUCCUACCGUUCUUCCGACGGAACAAAUAGUAAAUUAUAGUGUGAAAACAAU